GGAAGCACCGGGGGAAUCGCUGGCGUAGAGAGAGGGAGCGGUGCGGGGAUGCGUCCUGGCCGGAGGAGCAGCUUCCCUGAAAGUGGACCAGCCCCAGGCACACCAGGCGGCCAGACCUGAGGGUCGUCAGGAAGGGAUAGUGUGAGCCUGGGUUUCUGGAGGCGGCGCGCGGGCGUGAUAGGAGGCAGCUGCAGGUGUGGGGCCACUGACUGAGAAGAGAGGAGUUCCCAGGGGAAGGGAAGCGGCAGAACAACUGCAGAAGUGCAGGGAGCGGGAAGGUACUAGGGCAGCAGCUUCCCGCCGCCACCAGCCGGGGCAGCAGCAGGAACAGCAGGGGGAGGAGCAACAGCUGCUGAAUUCUCCAACUAGAGGAGGGGGAGGCGGAGCUUGGGUCCCUGUGGCAGCCGGAGGCGCAGUCUGGACUCUAGUUUCCCGGGAGAGAGGAGAGCUGGAGCACGAGCGGAGCGGAGCGCAGUCCUCCGAGCAUCAGCUCCAGCAUCCCGCCAGGGGUUGCAGGUGUGUGGGAGGCUUGAGCUCUCCCAACAUGGUUUUCCUUAGACUCUUCUCUUUGCUGAUUCUACAAAGUCUGGCUUUAGGGGCCACUUUCCCUGAUGAAACCAUUGCUGAGUUGUCAGUGAAUAUGUAUAACCAUCUUCGAGCCACUGGGGAAGAUGAAAAUAUUCUUUUCUCUCCAUUGAGUGUUACCUUCACUAUAGGAAUGAUGGAACUUGGGGCCCAAGGGUCUACCCUGAAAGAAAUCCGUCAUUCAAUGGGAUAUGAUAGCCUAAAAAAUGGUGAUGAAUUUUCCUUCUUGAAGGAUUUUUCUAACAUGGUCACUGCUAAAGAGAGCCAGUAUGUGAUGAAAAUUGCCAACUCCCUCUUUGUGCAAAAUGGAUUUCAUGUCAAUGAGGAAUUUUUGCAAAUGCUGAAAAAGUACUUUAAAGCAGAAGUAAAUCAUGUGGACUUCAGUCAAAAUAUAGCUGUGGCCAACCAUAUCAAUAAGUGGGUGGAGAAUAACACAAAUAGUCUGUUGAAGGAUUUGGUAUCCCCCAGGGAUUUUGAUGCCAGCACUCAUUUGGCCCUCAUCAAUGCUGUCUAUUUCAAGGGGAGCUGGAAGUCACAAUUUAGACCUGAAAAUACUAGAACCUUUUCCUUCACCAAAGAUGAUGAAAGUGAAGUCCAAAUUCCAAUGAUGUAUCAACAAGGGGAAUUUUAUUAUGGAGAAUUUAGUGAUGGUUCCAAUGAAGCUGGGGGUAUCUACCAAGUCCUAGAAAUACCCUAUGAGGGAGAGGAGAUAAGUAUGAUGCUGGUAUUGUCCAGGCAGGAAGUUCCACUGGCCACUCUGGAGCCAUUGGUCAAAGCACAACUGAUUGAAGAAUGGGCAAACUCUGUGAAGAAACAAAAAGUGGAAGUGUACCUGCCCAGGUUCACCGUGGAACAGGAAAUUGAUUUAAAAGAUGUUUUGAAGGCUCUUGGAAUAACUGAAGUUUUCAUCAAAAAUGCAAAUUUGACAGCUUUGUCUGAUAAUAAGGAGAUUUUCCUUUCCAAAGCAAUUCACAAGUCCUUCCUCGAGGUUAAUGAAGAAGGCUCAGAAGCUGCUGCAACCUCAGGAAUGAUUGCAAUUAGUAGGAUGGCUGUGCUGUAUCCGCAAGUUAUUGUCGACCAUCCAUUUUUCUUUCUUAUCAGGAACAGGAGAACAGGUACGGUCUUGUUCAUGGGACGAGUCAUGCAUCCUGAAACAAUGAACACAAGUGGACAUGAUUUUGAGGAACUUUAAAUCAUUUCAUAUGCAAAAUAGUAACUAAACGUGUUAUGUUUGCAACUGGUGUAUUUAAGAUUUGUGUCUUACAGUGUAUCUUAUGAUAAUAUUUAAAAAUAGUUCCAGAUAAAACAAUGUAUGUAAAUUAUAAGCCAACUUGUCAAGGAAUGUUAUCAGUAUCAUUGAGGUAAUAGUCCUAUGGUGUCAUUGUGUCUAUUGUGCUGGUAUUUAAAAUAAAAGUACAUAUUGAUCAUGUGAACAACUCUGUUUUCAUUUCACAAGUUGUACUAUAAGGAUACUUCUAGGUAAACUUUGGAAAUGGUGAUUUUUGGGACAUCGUAAAUCUUU